AUGGCUGAGGUAGCCAAAAACAACGCCAACAACCCCAACAAUGGUGCGAUAGAGAAAACCAAUGGUGCUGUAAAUAAGAAUUUGACUCGUCAGCGAAGGCGGAAAAAGUCAAAAAAGCAACGUGAACAAGAACAAGCUGAAUGGCGAAAGGAAUUUGAGAGUAGAAGCUCGGAACGAGACGAUUCACUUAAAGAUGUCGAAAUUGAAUACGUUGCUCAAUCCGUCGACGCCGAAAGCUUGAAAAACGUUGAAUCAUUGGCAAAUGCAGACCAAGAUUUACUUCAACAAAUUUCUGACGUCUUUAAGCAUUAUCAGAUUGGCAAUGAUGAAGCCGAAGAAAAGACCACUGCUACUGAGGACAAAGUAAAACAUGAAGACGCCGAUCACGACUCUGACGACGAUGACAAGGAGAUCCAUUCAGAUCAGCCAUUGUCAAAAAAGAAACUCAAGAAACUGCAGCGUCUGGACGUGGCAGAAUUAAAGCAGUUGGUGAAGAAGCCAGAAGCUGUCGAGUGGUGGGAUGUCACAGCCGCAGAUCCAAAGCUUUUGGUAAAUCUCAAAUCGUACCGUAACACCGUUCCUGUACCAGCACAUUGGAGUCAAAAGCGAAAAUAUCUACAGGGAAAGCGUGGUAUUGAGAAACCACCGUGGGAACUGCCUGAUUUUAUCAAGGACACGGGUAUCAUGGAGAUGCGUGAUGCAGUAAAAGAAAAAGAAGAUGCAGCCAAGCUCAAGUCAAAGACACGCGAGCGUGUGGCACCUAAAAUGGGCAAACUAGACAUCGAUUACCAAAAAUUGCACGAUGCGUUCUUUAGAUUCCAAAGCAAGCCAAAGGUGACAAUGCACGGUGAAUUGUAUUACGAAGGUAAAGAGUUUGAGACCAAGCUCAAGGAAAAGAAGCCAGGACAUUUGUCUGAAGAUUUAAAAACUGCGCUUAAUAUGCCACCACUGGCGCCUCCACCAUGGCUGAUCAAUAUGCAGCGGUACGGCCCUCCGCCCAGCUACCCAACCUUGAAGAUUGCUGGCUUGAAUUCGCCUAUACCCGAUGGAGCUCAAUGGGGCUACCAUCCUGGCGGUUGGGGUAGACCACCUGUGGAUGAGUUCAAUCGACCGUUAUAUGGUGAUGUGUUCGGUGUGACCCAACAAGAGGUUGCCCCUCCAGAGAUUGUGGAACCGGUUGAAAAGAACUUGUGGGGUGAAUUGGAGUCCGAAGAAGAAUACGAAGAAGAGGAAGAGGAGGAAGAGGAGGAGGAAGAAGAAGAGGAGGAGAACGAAGAGGAAGAACAAGCACAAGGCGACGAAGCACUUAAAGAAGGUCUUGUUACGCCUUCUGGCAUGACCUCUGUUGCUUCUGGAUUGGAAACACCCGACUUUAUCGAGUUGCGCAAGGACGUACGACGGUCACAAGAUGAAGAAGAGGACGAACAACAGUCGCGACAAUUGUACCAGGUUCUUCCUGAAGUGCAAAAGAAUAUCUCGGGUUACAUGGGUUCACAGCACGGCUAUGAUAUGUCGACGGUCGAAAAGAAGGGUGAAGCACCAUCGGUUGCUGGUACCGUCCGGUCAUCCAAGCGCAAGAUGGGUGAGAAUGUAGAUGUUGCCAUCGAUCCAAGUGAGCUGGAAAGUGGACUGGAUGAAUCCACGCUGCGUGCCAAGUACGAACAGCAAAUGAAGUCUAAAUUACCGGGUGCGGAUGAAGAUCUGUCUGAUAUGUAUGCCGAGCAUGCUGCUGGCCGACAAGCGAAAAAGAUGCGAUCGCAGGAUAGCAAGAAGGAAGGCAAAAAGAGAGAAUUUAAGUUUUAA